UUUGCAUUUGGAGAACUUCGCUUUUCACUCCUAUUAUUUGUGAAUCUCACAAUUGCCUUCUCUCUCUUCUUCUCCUCAUUUCUCCCUGUCUGCGGGACCAAGAGCGUGAGGACGGAAAACCAGAGCUCCGAUUCACGGAUAUUAGAUAAUUUGAGUGAGAUUAGAAAUGACUUCGCAGCCUAAAGAUGUUGGAAUCCUUGCUACGGACAUCUACUUUCCUCCUACAUGCGUACAGCAGGAAGCAUUGGAGGAUCAUGAUGGUGUGAGUAAAGGAAAAUACACUAUUGGACUUGGGCAAGAUUGCAUGGCAUUUUGUACAGAAGUGGAAGAUGUCAUUUCAAUGAGUUUGACAGUUGUUACUUCCCUUUUGGAGAAGUAUGGGAUUGAUUCAAAACAAAUUGGUCGCCUGGAAGUUGGCAGUGAGACUGUAAUAGACAAGAGCAAGUCCAUUAAGACCUUCUUGAUGCAAAUUUUUGAGGAAAAUGGCAAUACAGACAUUGAAGGAGUUGACUCAACAAAUGCAUGCUAUGGGGGAACUGCAGCUCUAUUCAACUGUGUGAAUUGGGUAGAGAGUAGUUCUUGGGAUGGACGCUAUGGACUUGUUGUGUGCACAGACAGUGCGGUCUAUGCAGAAGGACCAGCCCGUCCUACUGGAGGAGCGGCUGCUAUUGCUAUGCUGAUAGGGCCAAAUGCUCCAAUUACAUUUGAAAGCAAAUAUAGAGCAAGCCACAUGUCUCAUGCCUAUGAUUUCUACAAGCCCAAUCUUGCAAGUGAAUACCCGGUUGUGGAUGGGAAACUUUCACAAACUUGUUAUCUCAUGGCUCUCGAUUCUUGCUACAAGCGUUUAUGUGACCGGUUCGAAAAAUUGGGAGGAAAGCCAUUCUCGAUCUCCGAGGCAGACUAUUUUGUGUUCCAUUCUCCAUAUAAUAAGCUUGUGCAGAAAAGCUUUGCUCGGUUGUGCUUCGUUGACUUCUUGAGGAACGCUAGUUCUGUUGAGGAGGUUGCAAGAGAAAAACUGGCACCAUUUUCAGCUUUGUCUGGUGAGGAAAGCUACCAGAGCCGUGAUCUUGAAAAGGCAUCACAGCAAGUUGCAAAGCAGCUAUAUGACACAAAGGUGCAACCAACCACUUUGCUUCCAAAACAAGUGGGCAACAUGUACACUGCCUCUCUUUAUGCAGCAUUGGCAUCUCUUAUCCACAACAAACACAAUUCACUGGUGGGUAAACGGGUACUAAUGUUCUCUUAUGGGAGUGGUCUAACUGCCACAAUGUUCUCAUUGAAAUUUCGGGAUUGUCAAUAUCCAUUUACCGUGUCAAACAUUGCCACGGUGAUGAAUAUCUCUGAUAAGUUGAAAUCGAGGCAUGAGACCCCCCCUGCAAAAUUUGUGGAAAUAUUGAAGCUAAUGGAGCAUCGAUAUGGAUCUAAGGACUUUGUGACAACCAAGGAUACAAGCCUUUUAUCUCCAGGUACAUUUUAUCUCACUGAAGUUGAUUCCAUGUACCGGAGAUCGUAUGCGAAGAAAGCUGAAGAUGGCACCACUGGCGGUAAGAACACUACAGCUUGUGAAAAUGGGUCACUAGCAAAUGGUCAUUGAGAGAGCCCCAAUCCCAAGGAUUGGAGGAAUGGUCAAAAUUUGGCCUUAUUGCAUUUUCAGAUACUGGUAGUGAUUAGAAUAGAGGGUGGAACUCGGUGCAAUGGUAAGGCUCCACGAAGCAAGGGUAAGGCUGCGUAUAUUAUGAUCCUGGCCAAACCCUGCAAUGGCGGGAACCUCGUGCACUAAGUACACCAUUUGGUAGUGAUUAGAAGAAACUGCUAUUUAUACUAUUUUUUCCCAACGGAUAUGGUUUCAUAGUCAGCAAAUUUUCAUUGUUAGUAGUGUGAGUAAAUUUGAUUUCUUGGAA